CUUAACGUUGUCAACGUAAUGUCGAAAUUCUCUGUGUAUUACAUACUCGGGUGGUAGGAAAAUUAUAAUAGUGUCUCUAAUGUGGUUGACUUAAGCCGCAGAGGUUUUAUUGGAAUGGAGAACGUUUUGUCUUGAUAACAGCCUAGGUUAUAAGUUUACCACUUUUAAGUUGGAGGGAUGGUGAAGUAUUUUUUCAGCGAGGCGGACAUAAAAAGCUCAUGGGACCAUGUUUUCUCUGCGUUUUGGCAGAGAUACCCCAAUCCAUUCAGCACACACGUUCUCACGGAGGAUGUGGUGUUCCGCAUGGUAACAGUGGACCAACAACUCAUCACACGCCGUCUCCUCACCAAGACCAACAGACUCCCUCGAUGGGCUGAGCGAUUCUUCCCCUCCACCCUGUCACGCUGCGCUUUUAUUCUGGAAGAUUCUAUAGUGGAUCCUGUGAACAAGAGCUUCACAACAUACACAUGGAACCUUAAUCAUACCAAGCUGAUGUCAGUUAAGGAGCGCUGUAUUUUUCAAGAGUCGGUGGCUCAUCCAUCAUGGACUCAGCUGCAGCGGGAGGCCUGGAUCUCCUCAGAUGUGUUUGGAUUCUCCAGAGCCAUCCAGGAGUUUGGACUAGCUCGCUUUAAAAGCAACCAGGUGAAAGCCAUGAGGGGUUUGGAAUAUGCGCUGACCAACUUAUACGGUGAUGUGCACCAGCGACCUCCCCGGCCUGCCAUGAGGGAGACGAAGGAAGCGCAGAAACACCUGACCCCUGCAACUGCUCCUCAGAAACCCCGGCAGUACGUGUGACGGGCACAAACACUCGUGGGCCACAGCUGAACAGUUACAUGCAAAGACUGCUGAUACAAUUUUGCCACAUGCUUGGCCCGAGACAUACUGUGAUUAGCUGGCUGGCUAUAAGGUUGAUCAUUUCUCUGUGUGUACUGUAUGACUUCACGUCUAACGUGUGUUUCUGUCUCAUGCUCUUCUGACUCUGAGACUUCAGGUAUGACCCCUUUGUCUGUCUCUGAUAUGAAACCCAUCAACCUGAGGGUGCAGUAAUCGUUGGUGCAGAACAGCACACAUGCUGUCUAAUCAAAUUAUGCAAAGGAAAAUCGGAAAACUGCUGAAAUAUGCUAGAAAUGUUGCAUUUGUGAAUUUAUGGUCUUAGUUUGGACCUGCUGAGUUGGUCUGUGAUCUGGGGGCCACUGCGCUCUCGCUCUCUUCAUGUGCUUUUUUAAAAAACAAACAAACAAACAAAAAACACAUUCACAGCUCCCAUAAAUGUCUUUGGAGAUGGGUCUGUGAAA